AUGCGGAGAGGACACGAAGGCAUCUUACAACCGAUGGCAGCUGCAAGACGUGCGGCGGAGAACCCGAAACAACCUUGCAUGCCCUCCGAGACUGCCCAUUUGCGCGGGGUGUUUGGGCAGGUUUACUUGAAGAUGAACCAGAGGGACUUCUAUGGGAAGAGCUUGGAGGAUUGGAUGUUCUACUACUCCACAGGGCGGGGACGAGCAGUGUAUGCUACUCUUUUUGCAGGUACUUGCUGGCUCCUGUGGAAGAACCGGAACAACUUCUGCUUCAAGAGUGAACUUCAGUCCUUUGCUCAAAUUCAGUUUCACUCGGCACAGCUAAGGCAGAGCAUUAUUCCCGCUUUGGAAAAGGAAACUAUCGUUGGAGGAGCUGGGGGACUCCAUACACCAACACCCAUCUGCUGGCAGCAAUCAGGGCCAGGGUGGACAUGCCUCAACACAGAUGGUUCUGUUUAUCACUCGCCUUCAAGUACGGCGGCAGGUGGGAUCGUGCGAGGGGACGACGGCCGUUUCAUUAUCGCGUUCACCAUGAACCUUGGGGGGGGGGGGGUUCGAUCACCAGUGCCGAGUUAG